ACCGACUCGCCGUGGUUAAGAGUGCGGUGCGAACUAACUGCAAUCCACUCACUGUAAGCGCUUGCGUCGAACGCGCAAAACCUACGCUCGCGCCGACCGCGCACUUUCAAAAUAAGAACGACAAUUCAAAUCCGAUGUUACAUUCGAAAAUGAAUUCGAAUUGACUGGCUCUCUUACAGAAAUUAUAAAGCAAUUGGUGCUAUUAUAAAGGAAACAGUGAAGUGAUAGCUUGGUUGUGAGUAGAAUUUUAUAAGAAUAAGAUACUUCAUGUGAUGCAGAUAUGGCUGUCGAAACUAAAGACACGGGAAAUAAGUUUAAUAAAAAUCAAAAUGGAGGCGCCGACUUAAAAGAAAAUAAAAUAAAUAAGCGUAGUUUAAGGAAAAAUAAAAUGGACAAAGAAACCGAACAAAAUAAAGCGAAUGCAGCUAUAGAGGGCGACAAUUGGAAUGACUUAAGCUUUUUUGAGAAAUCCAGACAUAUGAUCUCACUCAUCACGGUGGAGCCCAUACUAGCGUGCUAUGUCAUGCCAUCCGUGCUGUCUGCAUUAGCGACACAAAACCUUUACUUGGAAAAAGCUUGUCGAGUGAAUUUAAGAUACCCGCAUCACGUGUGCGAUGCUUUAACCAGAAGAGACACGGCCAACUUCACGGCUGAAGAAGAGGAAGUGCAGAAGCUGGUAGCUUCAGUAGCUGGCUGGAAGACUGUGCUCCAAUCAUUUUUACCAUGUUUUAUAUUAAUAUUUCUGGGGGCAUACAGUGACAGAGUCGGGCAGAGAAAAUUUUGUAUGCUCCUUCCAAUAGUGGGAGAAUUCCUGACGAGUAUAGGACUAAUUAUUAAUACUUAUUUGUUCUAUCAACUACCUCUGGAAGUAGCAGCAGUGACUGAAGCUAUAUUCCCCGCUUUGACCGGCGGGUGGUUCACAAUGUUUAUGGGAGUGUUCAGCUACAUAGCAGACGUUACCACGGAGGAACAAAGAACUUUGAGGAUAGGAGUGGUGAACUUGUUCUAUUCUGUGGGAGUCCCAGUAGGGGCCGCACUUAGUGGGAUAUUAGUGCAUAAAAUAGGCUUAUAUGGUGUGUUUUCGAUAAGUGCUUCGUUGUACAUCAUCAGUUUCUUCUAUGGAUUCUACAGGAUCAAAGAAGUGAAGAGAGCUGACCUGAAUAUUAAGAAAACGGAGGGUUGCUUUGAAUGGCUGCGAGACUUCUUCGACACGCGCUAUGUGAAGGAGACACUGAUGGUGGCGUUCAAACGUGGCCCCAACAACCGUCGGCUACGGGUGAUCAUGCUCAUUGUGGUCCUGUGUGUCGUCAUUGGUCCUAUUUAUGGUGAAAUGUCUGUGAUGUAUCUGUUUACGAGGUAUCGUUUUAACUGGAACGAAGUGGAUUUUAGCAUGUUCUCUACUUAUGCCAUGUGUACUUCAUUAGUUGGAACAUUAUUUUCCGUUGGUGUCUUCAGUCAUCUAUUAAAAUUUGACGAUGCGAUAAUCGGAGUAAUAUCUUGCACAAGCAAGAUUUUAUCUGGGUUUAUGUACGCAUUUUCUACAAAAACAUGGCAAAUAUACAUAGCUCCUCUAAUUGAAAUAUUCAAUGGAACAUCCUUUAUUGCUAUGAGGUCAAUGGUGUCCAAAUUGGUUGACAAAGAUGAAUUGGGAAAAGUGAAUUCAUUUUUCGGCUUGGCCGAAGCGAUGAUGCCGCUGGUAUAUGCUCCUAUGUACACGACUGUGUAUACAGCUACCAUCAAGAGCUUCCCUGGAGCGUUCUUCCUUCUAGGAGGUGGGCUGACGGUGCCAGCUGUUCUCAUAUUCCUGUGGCUAUACUUAGCAAACAAGAAACACGAAAAUUCAAAAGCGGCUGGAGGAGACAAAGAGAAGGUUGGUAUGGUUGACGAAAAGUCAGCAAAGAACGGCAUUGACAACAAGGCUUUCGAAGAAGACGCGAAGGCUAAGAAAGACAACCCAUUCAACAAUGAUGCACACAUAGAUAACAUAAAUCAAGCUCAAAUAGAAAUGGGCUUUACAGAAAGUAUGGCAUGUACUAAUAAACUUUAAUACGUAAUUGGAAGUAGACAGAACAUAUCCACAUAUCGAGUUAAAACCACAUAAGCGCGAUGUGAUUUUUGACAACAAACCUCACAAUAGACAAGCUAGUUCAAUUCAGGUAAAGAAUUGUGGUCUCAGUUAUUGAUUGAAAUAAAUUGAAAGAAAUAGAGGUUUUGUCGAAGAAUAUUACAUCAUAAUGUGAUAUUUCAAAAAGGCGCUUCUCUGGUUUUCUCAAUAAGGGGACGAUAUAUGAAUAUUCUUAAUGUCGGAAAGUACCUAAACGUUUUGUUGGAAUUGUCCAUUGCUGUAAAUGCACAAUUAAAUCAUCAAAAAGACUAUUGUAAAUGAAUUCAGUACUGACUUUUCAAGAAGUUCCUAAAGUCUAAGACUAACAAAAAUAAAAAUCUCAAGUGACAUACCUACUUAUUCUGGAGUCUGCAUUUUUACUCUAUUUAACGUAAUAAGAGUGACAUUAUGUCUCGUCUCUUUCGCUAUUUUAGUGCGAGACAUAUCUCUCAUCCCUUUCGCGCUGGGUGAUGUACUAUAUCUCUGUCCUGCUGUCAUUCUAAUCGUGCUACGUUAAAUAAGAUAUCUUCAUAGAUAAUCGGCAAAUCAUUAAGGCAAUAAAGUCGUUGUGACGUAGUAUUUUCAUCAUUGAAUCGCCGUUCGUUCAUUUGUAGACUUUCAUGAACAUCAAAUUAAAUGGACGUGACUAUAACACCUUAUUAUAUGCGUACAUUAAUAAUUAGUUUUAAGUUGUUAAAUACUGUGAUAUUCGCAACACAUUUUUCAUCAAUUACCUAUACUAUUCAUAUAAGUUAUUUAUUUAAUUUAGUAAGUUUUGUGAAUUGUUGUUUGAAAGUGUGUAGAAAUUUAUAGAUAUUAAUUAGUACUUACAUGUUUAUUUUUUAACAGAAACAGGUGCUGGUUUGUUCAAUGUAGUUUUAUCUUUUGUGAAGUUACUCGUUGAUCUGAAAUAUCUUUGUAAACUGGCAAGAUAAUCACCAGAUACUUAGUUGUAAGCAAAUACUACAUUCAUGUCGUGUACUUAUUUCAUAGUUUUGACAAUACAUAAAUAUAUCUACGAUUGUUUUAUAA